GCAGGGGUAGCGCACCACCUCCUGUCCCCUCGGGAUUUACCAUUCUUAAUUUAUUUUUUGGAUUGGGGGGCGGGAAUUUUUCCACAUUGGGGGGCGGGGGCUUUCCUUUAUUUAUUUAUUUAUUUUUUAAUUUGGGGUUAAAGCAAAACUCAUUACGAAACCAAAGCAUUUGAUUUUUAACAAACUUUUAAAAGCAAAGCAACUGCCGUAACCUCGGCAGGAUGAACGGGACGGAAGGUAUCAAUUUUUAUGUGCCUAUGUCCAACAAGACAGGGGUGGUGCGAAGCCCCUUUGAGUACCCCCAGUACUACCUAGCCGAGCCCUGGAAAUACCGCAUCGUGUGUUGCUACAUCUUCUUCCUCAUCUCCACGGGUUUGCCCAUCAACCUCCUCACUCUCCUGGUCACCUUCAAACACAAGAAGCUCCGGCAGCCACUCAACUACAUUUUGGUCAACUUGGCGGUGGCUGACCUCUUCAUGGCUUGUUUUGGCUUCACCGUCACCUUCUACACUGCCUGGAACGGCUACUUCGUCUUCGGCCCCAUUGGCUGUGCCGUGGAGGGCUUCUUCGCCACACUGGGAGGCCAAGUUGCCCUGUGGUCCCUGGUUGUCUUGGCGAUCGAGCGCUACAUCGUGGUCUGCAAGCCCAUGGGGAACUUUCGCUUCUCUGCAAGCCAUGCCAUGAUGGGCAUCGCUUUUACCUGGGUAAUGGCCUUCUCCUGUGCCGCUCCACCCCUCUUUGGCUGGUCCAGAUACAUGCCGGAGGGGAUGCAGUGUUCCUGCGGCCCCGACUACUACACCCACAACCCUGAUUACCACAACGAGUCCUACGUCCUCUACAUGUUUGUCAUCCACUUCAUCAUCCCGGUCAUCGUCAUUUUCUUCUCCUACGGGCGCCUCAUUUGCAAAGUCCGAGAGGCAGCUGCCCAGCAGCAGGAAUCAGCCACGACACAGAAGGCCGAGAAGGAGGUGACACGGAUGGUGAUCCUCAUGGUGCUGGGGUUUAUGCUGGCCUGGACACCCUACGCCGUGGUGGCAUUCUGGAUCUUCACCAACAAGGGAGCAGACUUCACCGCCACGCUCAUGUCAGUGCCUGCCUUCUUCUCCAAGAGCUCCUCUCUCUACAACCCCAUCAUCUACGUCCUCAUGAACAAACAGUUCCGUAACUGCAUGAUCACCACAAUCUGCUGUGGCAAGAACCCCUUUGGGGAUGAAGACGUCUCCUCCACCGUAUCCCAGAGCAAGACCGAGGUCUCCUCUGUCUCCUCCAGCCAAGUAUCACCUGCAUAGACCAUGGACAGUUUGAACUGGGGUAUCCCCCUGAGCUCGGGGACCGAGACAGACACCCACACACCUACAGUCUCAUUCCACACAGUCACUCCCUUGCGCACCAACACCUCCCCAGCACGAGAAGUUAGCUGUGCACAUACUGCGGUAGCUUCCCCACCAUGCACAGGGCCCCAGGCAUGUCGCUGGGACAUCCCCACACCCACUGGUGCAGACAGGGCACACUGAGCCCUUCCACACUGACGCAGCCCCUUGCAGGGGAGCCCAGGUCCAUCCCCCAGCUCCCAGGAGCUGGUCAGAUUUUGGGGACUGUCCCUACCCACCCCAAGCACCAGCAAACCCCCCUGCUUUGUUCACAUCAUGUUAAAACAGCAGUGGCCAGUCGAAAACCCCAGGCUGCAAUAUUUUCCUCCCCGCUGCCCUGAAACGCGCUCCCUGCUAGCAUCCCCUUUCCCUGGCGCUCAAGGGAGUGUUGCAGAAGCAUUCGGCCCUCAUUUGGAAAAAACCUAAGCAUCCUGACAAAGCACCAUUGCAAAAAGCCCAGAAGCAGGAACCCGUGGCUGGAGUGGUCCCGGCUGCCCCUCACCAGCGCCCGAGCCUGGGGCUCGCUGGAGCUGCGCACCCCAGUGCCGGCACAGCCGAUGGAAAUCAAUACCCGUAGUCUUUAUAAAUCAAUAUAACAAAUGGAGCUGUGAGCAGGCUUCGCUUCAAGCCUGACUCCCUGUAUCCCCAAGACAACACUGUAGAUAUAUUUUUUUGUCUUGGAACCUGUAAAUAUUUGCUCACAUACUUUGAAGUCUCUAUUUUUCUCAGCCCUUUCCUUUCUCCUCCUCCUCCCUACUCCAAGGCAGAGAAACUGUCUUUCACGUCUGCUCCUGCCAGCUGGACACGUACGGCCAACCUUGGAGGGUGGGACUGGUACCCGAGCGCUUUCCUGUACAUAUUUUAUAAAUAAAUAAUACCGUGUCAGCACAAGGACUUCUACAGUCAAGAAGCAGGCAUUAAAAAAUAAGAAAUAAACAGAAGCAGCAGAGAAAAAAAUAUACAGACGCUCAGUCCUUGUCCUUUGUAUUGGGCUGCGCUGACAAGGUGCUGGUGUCCAGCUGAGCCAACUCGAUGCUGCUGUCGGAGGCACAAGCCCAAAGCUGUCCCCAAAGCCAUGGGAAGGGGGAUACGUGCAUUAAACCAGCCUGGAUCACAGAGGGGAGAGCAGUGACAAUCCCCAGCAAGGUGACAGCCCCAUUAGCCGGAGCACCGAAGGGUUUUAGAGGCAAACCGACACACAGACAGGGCACAGGGCAGCCGG